CGUCGUUUUUGAUUCCAAAUUGACUUUUUGUGUCAUGUAGAUAUAAUUCUCCAUUUCACGCGGAUUGAUACUUGUUGACUAAAAAACCAGACAACAACAGUGCGCGCGAUCCUUCUCUAAUCCAAAUAGAAAGUCGAAAGAAAAAAUGGAAGUCGUUCGUUGUUACAGUCUUUUACGUGAUUCCGGACGAGGCGAAGUGACGGUACGGUUUAUUAUCGCGACGUUCUGUGAAAAUAACAAACAAUCGUAUCGCCUUUGUUUUCCUCGUGUACGGAUUGGUCCUGAUAAAUAAAAAGAAAAGGUGUCGAUAAUCGAUCUAGAUGUGGCACGUGGUGGCCUGUGAAAAAAGGCAACAAGAGAAAGGGAAAGUCAGAGGAAGAGAGAGGACCCGAGUUUAGUUCUGGCUACGAAAAUUCGGCCUACUCAGUUGUACAUCAGAAAGCGUAACGGUGUUCACGAGCUGACACGUGCCUUGUUCAGAGGUCUAAGCAACUAGCUUAGGUUGCUUCUCAGACUUUCUGAGUCGAAUGAUCCUGCAAAGAAUGCAGUCACCUGCUGUUAUCGUUGCAUAACAAUUCGGGUAGACGAUGCGCGCGUCAACGAGUGCCGACUUGCCGAUGAUGCUGGCCACCUACGGUCUACGAUUUCUCGUGGUCGUCUUCACGAUCGCGGCUGCGGCCACCUUUUUGCACGUGAACAAUUACAGGCCCAAACAAAUAUUCCUCUCCUGCGACAGACCAUGCCACCAUUUGGAUUGGCCAAUGAUUUGUCGAUUGAAGCUCACUCUGGAAGUGUUCCAGUCGCUUAGCAAAUCGUGCGGCGAUUGUCCACACAACGAAACGGCAUGUUUGUCCGAUCACUGCGUCUCGGCGGAUGGACAAAGACGCGGGAUCCUCACGGCGAAUCGUCAGCUGCCUGGCCCCAUCAUUCAGGUUUGCGAGAACGAUAUCUUGGUAGUGGACGUGAUUAAUCGGAUUCCGGGUAAAACUGCGGCGAUGCACUGGCGAGGCCAAACGCAGAUCGAGACGCCGCAUAUGGACGGCGCGCCUCUGGUCACUCAGUGCCCGAUACCGAGCUACACCACCUUCCAAUAUAAAUUCCGCGCUUCUUCAGCUGGAACUCAUCUAUGGCAUGCUCACGCUGGUGCCGACGUUACUAAUGGCAUAUUUGGCGCGUUGAUCGUGAAGCAAGCCGAUAUCAAAGAUCCUCAUCGCGCUCUUUACGAUAUCGACGAUUCGGAUCAUGUGGUUCUCGUGAGCCAGUGGCAACAUUCCACCGAAAUCACGUUCACCGACGGCCACGCGAAACCAGCGAUCCUUUUGGUGAAUGGCAGGGGACGGCAGCCAAAUGGGCCCAACGUCCCUUUGACCAGGUUCACAGUUAUCCCGGGACGACGUCACAGAUUCCGCGUUGCGAACGCUGGUGGUGCUGGAUCCUGUCCAAUAACGAUCUCCGUCGAUGCUCAUCCCCUUCUUCUGAUCGCUCUCGAUGGCCAGCCAGUGGAACCACGACAAAUUGCAUCGAUUACUUUGGCGAAAGGCGAGAGAGCAGAUUUUGUCCUGAAGGCGAACAAGCGAGUUGCUUCCUACUGGAUGAACGUGCACACGUCGAAAGAAUGUGCGGUCAGUCCCAUAAACGGUGCCGCGAUCUUAGAAUACAAGGGAAGUUCAACGAAGGAUCCGUUGCCCGUGGCGGAAGCUACUGAACAGUCGGAAGCCGAGGAAGUUGGAGUGGCGAUGACGACGAACCCCGCGGCAAAGUGUGAAAAUCCAGAGAGCCUGUGCGUGACGGAAUUGCACGCAUUGCGGAAGAUACCAGCUGCUCUAGGGCAACCGAAAACCGACGUCACCAUCCGUUUGCCUAUUAAUUACAAGCUGCAGACGAGCGAUAUCGUUGGAAACAGCGGCGUGGAGAUGAGAGUUCUGAACGUGAACAACGCCACGUUCACGUACCCGUCGUCACCGCUGUUGACACAGGGCGCCGACGUUUCCGAGGAGACUAUGUGCUCUUCCACCCCCGACGAGGACGACGCUCGUGUCGAGAACAACGAAACUGCGUCGUUGUCGUCGCGACGCUGCCGCCGUAGCGACGCUACCGCUUCGGACGUUUGCGAGUGUGUUCAUGUGAGGUAUAUACCGCUCGGGGCGACCGUCGAGAUCAUUCUGCUCGAUCAAGGCGGUCUCGACGACUUGGUCUACCACUUGCACGGAUACACUUUCUACGUAGUGGGUGCAAGAAAGUUCGGUCGCAGCGUGUCUCUGCACGAGUUAAAAAGCCUGGACGACAGAGGUCAACUGCUUUCUCGGAAUCUCGACUGCACCGUGGCUAAAGAUACCGUAGUUGUUCCGAAAUUCGGGGCAGUUGCCCUCAGGUUUAAAGCGGAUAAUCCAGGUUACUGGAUGUUACGAGACGAGCAUGCAGCUGAAUGGACGCGUGGGUUGGACGUGAUCCUUCAGGUUGGACAGACGAGUGACAUGGUACCCGCUCCGGAAGAUUUCCCUAAAUGUGGAUCCUUCGUUGGACCGGAUUACUUCCUUAUAUAGACUGUUAGUUGCCCUAAGAAUCGCGUACGUCGUGUACAUAGUUGUAAAUAAAGGCGGCCAGACUGAAAGUUACAUACCUUGGCAAGGAUUUUGUAUUAUUCGCAUUUUUCUUUCGUUGUAAGUAAAAGGUUAAUUACGAGGAACGUGGUUUUAUCAUUGUAUAAAUAUCGGACUACUUUUCUAUGUAUCAUGUACUUUCGCAUACACAUUAGUCAAUAAAUAUUAUUUCGAAUUUUUUA